AUGAAGUUUGUGGUGCUUGCUCUGUUCAUUGCUGGGGCAUACGGCUGCGGCGUGCCCACCUUCCCUCCAGUGCUGUCCAGGGUGGUUGGAGGAGAGGAUGUGAGACCCCACAGCUGGCCCUGGCAGAUUUCUCUGCAGUACAACUACCAGGGACAGUGGAGGCACACCUGCGGAGGCACCCUCAUCUCAGAUCAGUGGGUGCUCACCGCUGCCCACUGCAUCGGAAACAGAGAGUAUAGAGUGGCCCUGGGCAAACAAAACCUGGUGGAGACCGAAGCUGGCUCUGUGUUUAAAGGCACCUCCAAGAUCAUUGUGCACGAGAACUGGAGCUCUUUCCUCAUCCGUAACGACAUCGCUCUGAUCAAGCUGGAAUCCCCUGUCACUCUCUCUGACACCAUCACGCCCGCCUGUAUGCCCGCGGCCGGAUACAUCCUGCCCAAUGAGGCGCCCUGCUACGUCACCGGCUGGGGACGCCUCUACACUGGAGGUCCCAUCGCUGACAUCCUGCAGCAGGCCCUCCUCCCUGUGGUGUCCCAUGACAUCUGCUCUCAGUCCGAUUGGUGGGGCUUCCAGGUUAAAGAGACCAUGGUGUGUGCUGGAGGAGACGGUGUCGUGGCCGGCUGUAACGGAGACUCCGGUGGUCCUCUGAACUGCCAGAACAAAGAUGGCAUCUGGGAGGUCCACGGCAUCGUCAGCUUCGGCUCCGGUCUCAGCUGCAACUACGCCAAGAAGCCCACCGUGUUCACCCAAGUCAGCUCCUACAUUGACUGGAUCAAUGCUGUAAGAAAGCUACUCAACAAUUUAGAGGAGUGCUUUAUUCACAAUAUAGCACUGGGUGUAUGGAGAUAG